ACUGAAUCUUUACCUACAAUUAAUAGCCUACUCUCUGUUAAAGAGGUGAAAUAUACGUAAGUGAUUAUCAUAUAUUCUUCUCGUAGAAAUGAUCAAAAUUGUAACAACUAUUUACAACGAUAUGUUUCAUCAGUAAUUAUGCUUGGUAAAUGACUACUUAAUACUUUUUUAUAGAUGUACAUAUUUUAUUUAUUCGGUAGCCUAAAAUUUUUAUUAGAGAUUAGUCAAUCGUUAAGUCUAUAAGCUGUAGUUUCAGGAGGUCUAAAAAAAUAGCUAAUAGAGAUGGAAGGUAGAAUAUCAAAAGGAUGUAAUUAUUCCACUCCUGUCUUAUCUAAACAAAUGAUGUAAUAAACGAAUCUACACGUAGCUGUUGCUACAAGCCAUCAAAUAAUGAUUAAACAGUUACGAUGUUGAUUACUGGGAAAAUAGGAAGAUUAAGAAAGUGAUCUGUUCCGAAUUAGUGAACAUCGCAAUUCGCAGAUUAGGUAUACAGCAUGGCAUGCGAAUUUUAUAUAAGUACUAUGGGUUGGAUUCCGAUCACGUGAUUUUUUUAAAACAUAUAGGUCCAGUGGGUGGUAGUAAACAGAAGAAUAAAUGUUACGUUUUAUUAGUGAUCAACAACAAACAAAUGCCAUAAAACUAUAUACGCUUUUAAUUGAAAAUUCAGCUGAAAAAGUUGUAAGCUGGAAAAUAUGUUCAGAUUACGUGUUUUUCAAUUGAAAAAUCCACUUAUGAAUAAUUUUAUGAAUAUACUAUUUGCAGUUUCGAUCAUGCGAGAGCUACCGCGAGAAGAACGCGGCAGGAAAAGCUUGACUAAGCAUAGCUACAAUGAAACUUCAUAUUGUAGCUAUAGCCUUUCGCAACCUAGAGGUGUAUCUCCUUCGUCCACUUCUAGAGGAAGAUCAUCCGAACGUUGCACGAAAUUGAACAUUCAACAGCCUUACUACACCUCCUUGUCUGCCUUAACAAAACCCAAAAGGCCUAAUAAGCCAAUGGAUCAAGAGGAGGACGAAAAGGAAAAUGAGAAUGACGCUGAAGAGAGAUCUGAUAUAGAAGAACAACGAACUGUGAGAAUAUCCCUACCAAUCGAGUCUCUAAACUCGAAGAAAACAACCGAAGAGCUUUUGGAAGAUAGACGACUAAGUUAUUCAAAAACAAAACCUUCAAAUUCAGGAAAACCUGUUUCAAAGCAAACAAUAGAAAAGGAAUAUACACAUGACAUAUCUGCCAGCUAUUUACAACUAUUAAAUGAACAAUUAUAUUGUAGUUAUGAUUAUGAGUCAGUGGAUAAGAACGGGGAAUGGACAAUUAACGAUGCUUCGUAUAUUGACGCUGCCAUUGAACUUCGGAGGUUAAGAAAUAAAAACACUACUAAAACAAAUGAUAAUGUUUCUUCGUUGCCUAGUACACCAACUAAGUCAGAUAGCCCAAAGAUGAAAAAGUCAUUUAGUUCCGGAUUAUCGAAUUUCUUCCGAAAGUUAUCGCCUAAGACAGCCCGAAGAUCCCUGCCAAGGAAUAGUUCUGAACCAGAUCCGGAUUCGGAUACAUCAACUUCUUCAAAAAAAAUUAAGAAGCCCUCACCCAUUAGACGCUUUUUUAGUCCAACAAGAGCGAACAAAACAAAAAAUAAUCCCCAAAACUCGUCAGAUAAUGCCCGCACAUCCCGUAUUUUGAAAUCAAUAGGCGAUAAUGCAUCAAAUUUAAAUGGGAAUGGAUUCUAUCAUUCAUUUAAAGAGAAACAAUCGACUUCAAGCGAAGCUCUCUCCACCAAAAACCAAGCAUUGAAAGCUGUAGAUUUGCAGUCACCCACAGAUGGCGCAAAUUAUCGAGUAACUGUAGAUGGCGAACAGAAGAAACCUGAAAGUUUGCCAACGAAAGAUUCAUUAAAAACAGGUCAUAAGAAGAUGCUUUGGGAUAACAUGAGCAGGGAUAGCAUAGGACAGUGCUCGUUGGACGUAACUAAAAGUAAGUAG